AUGCUUCGUCAAACAGUAUUAAGAUCGAUCAAACCAUCAAUUGCAUACAGACAACAAGUUCUUGUUAGGAGAAAUUAUGGUAUAGUGGAUGCUGCAACGAAGGCCGUUUUUGGAGAAAAAGGUUUACAGGAAAAAAAUGCCAAAGAAGCCGAAAUCAAGCAAAAAGCAGAGGAAACAAAUCUAGGCAAUGUUAGCGCUACCACAAAGGAAGCAAACUUGAAAACGGGUAAAGUUUUAGCUGAUGGUAUACAAAAUGCACAAGAUCUUACUGCAGAUGCCAAAUCAGCAAUUAAAAAUACCACUCAAAAGGCUAAAAAUGCAGCCGAGGAUAUCAAUUUAACAGCAGGUAGGUUUUUGGCUGAUAAUAUACAAGGAGCUCAAGAUGCAGUAAAAGACACUGAUACAAUUGUUGAUAAGACAAAGAAGGCAGUCGAUAAAGGGGCCGAAAAGGUUAAUAAAGUUGCGGGAGAUGUGUUAGCGAACGGCAUAGAAGUUGGUGAAACCAUAAUUGGCGGAGCUGGCUCAACCGGUGAAAAAGUCAACAAGAAGAUGGGAGAAGUUUUAGCAGACGGGGUUGAAAAGGGUGAACAUUACACAAGCAAAGCCAAACAAGCUGGAGAGCAUAUCAUUAAUAAAACCAAGGAAAAAGCUGGCGGUGCUAAAGAAAAGGUAGAAGAGACAGUUGACAGCGCUAAAGGGAAAGUAGAGGAGAAAGCUGGCGGUGCUAAAGAAAAGGUAGAGGAGACAGUUGACAGCGCUAAAGAAAAGGUAGAGGAUACAGCUGAUAGUGCUAAAGAGAUAACCGAAAAGGAAAAAUUCAAAUCAAAGGUGAAGGAGAAUAUUAAGGGAUACGCCAGUUUAGAAGACAAGGGGAGAAAAGCACCGAUCGAGCAGAAUAGACCAGAUGAUGCUAUGUAG